CGCUUGUGAAGACAAAAAAAACACAAAACAAAAAAGAAAGCCAAAAACUCUGUUUAUAGUUUGAAAAUGGCAAACCGUUUCCUCCGACCAAACCUCAUCCACCGUUUCUCCACCGUGAGCCCCGUCGGUCCUCCUACCACGGUUAUCCCGGAGAUAAUUUCUUUUGACCAACCAAAACAAGACGUUGACCUAGAUCUUUCCGACCAAUCUCGACUCUUUGCUUCUGUCCCAAUCUCAAACCUCAUCCGUUCAACCGCAGUUCUUCAUGCCACGGCCAUAGGCCCUAUGGUCGAUAUCGGCUCGUGGCUUAUGAGUUCCAAGCUCAUGGAUACAACUUUUACACGAGAUUUGGUCUUAGGUAUCGUGAAAGGAACGUUUUACGACCAUUUCUGCGCUGGUGAAAACGCUACAGCCGCCGCGAGACGUGUUAGGACCGUUUACGAGUCGACAGGACUUAAAGGUAUGUUGGUGUACGGCGUCGAACACGCCGAAGAUGGUAACGCGUGCGAUGAAAACAUUCUUAAAUUCAUUGAAACCGUCGAAGCUGCUAAAACCCUACCUACAUCUCACUUAAGCUCAGUGGUGGUCAAGAUCACAGCGAUUUGUCCAAUGAACGUCUUAAAACGUGUUAGUGAUUUGCUCCGGUGGCAAUACAAGAACCCUAAUUUCAAACUGCCAUGGAAACUCAAUUCAUUCCCGGUUUUCUCCGGUUUAAGUCCUCUUUACCACACAACCACCCAACCUGAACCAUUGACCGUAGAGGAAGAACUCGAGCUGGAGAAAGCUCACGAGCGACUCAAAUCUGUAUGUCAGAGAUGUCAAGAGUCCAACGUACCGUUACUAAUCGAUGCAGAAGACACUAUUCUCCAACCUGCCAUCGAUUACAUGGCGUAUUGGUCGGCUAUAAUGUUCAAUUCUGAUAAAGAUCGACCUAUCGUGUACAACACGGUUCAAGCGUAUUUGAAAGAUGCGGGAGAGAGAUUGCAUUUGGCUUUACGAGAAUCGGAGAAAAUGAAUGUUCCUAUUGGGUUCAAACUUGUGAGAGGUGCUUAUAUGUCUAGUGAAGCUAGGUUAGCAGAUUCCUUGGGUCACAAGUCACCUGUUCAUGAUACGAUUCAAGAUACGCACGAUUGUUACAAUGACUGUAUGAGUUUCCUUAUGGAGAAAGCUUCAAAUGGAUCAGGCAUUGCUGUUAUUCUAGCUACGCAUAACACUGACUCUGGUAAACUAGGGUCAAGGAAAGCAAGUGAGCUAGGGAUCGAUAAAGAGAAUGGGAAGAUCGAGUUUGCACAGCUUUACGGGAUGUCAGAUGCGUUAUCUUUCGGAUUGAAGAGGGCUGGUUUCAAUGUGAGCAAGUACAUGCCAUACGGGCCUGUUGAUACUGCGGUUCCAUACCUUAUCCGGAGGGCAUAUGAGAAUCGUGGUAUGAUGUCUACAGGUGCACUAGAUCGCCAACUCAUGAUGAAGGAGCUUAAGAGGAGACUUAUGGGUUGGUGAAGACAAGAGACAAAUGUGUUACAAUCAUGGAAUUUGGCAAAUUUAGAUUGUAAAAUUAUAUAUAAAAUGGAGUAGCAAAAUGCCAAAAUAUAUGAAGUAAGAUCACAAAAGGAUAUAUCUAAUUAUCUAUCAUCUACAAAUGUAUAAAUCCUGCGUGAUCAAUGAAAAUGCAAUUUGCAUA